ACAGAUGUGAUUACCUUCAAUCUGCUUCACUAUAUUGAUCUUAAGUGACUGAAAAAGUCUAUUUGGUCAAUUGGUCUGUCACAGCUGCACCAACAGAAUGAAGACAAAAUGUCGUGAAGGCUGGCAACACACACACACACAGUGGCAUGACCACAGGACUUUCAGACCUGUUUCCUCUGUGCUCCACACUGCACCAGCUCCAUAGGGUGAAACCUCACCUCAGGGAUAUCCACUCCCAUUAAGAUUACUGAUUAUUUCCUUUUUUUCUCCCUUUCAAGCAAAUCUCAAGUUAAACCUGCACAGCGGUUAAGAAGUGAGGAGAUGGAUGAGUUCAAUGUGGCAGUAAGAGGAGAAGAGCUGCUCAUCAGCGUUAGAUGGGACAUCCGGAGAGCAUCUGCAACAGAAAGCCAGACAGGACGGCUUCUUGUCAUCUGUUGUGAGAGCACUGUGCUCCAUAAGGAAAAACUAACGCUCUUACUUCAGGUAAUUAUUUUAAAUUGUCUGCACUUUGUCUCCCACUGUACAAGCCAGUUAUUCUGAUCACCCUCUUAUAACACACCCCACCAACUGAGACUAGACUAGACCAUACCAACUCUGACAGAAAGGGAGGGGGCUCUGCUGCAACAUCAUGACCACUGCAUCAUUUUGGUAACAUAAAGCCAAAGUGAAUUAAAGUGGAACCGGUCCGAAACACACUUUGAUUCAUUUCUAAAAUCCCCUUGGGCUCUUCUGCCUUCCACCAGUGGUUUGCGGGAGGUUUUCGGGCUGCAUCCCCCUCCUUGUCUCUCCUUCACGGGUGAGCCAGUCAGCAGAGCAAGCUGAACAAAGCCACGGGAAAGAGAGAGAGAGAGAGAGAGAGGAGCUUCUGGGAAGAAAUGUCUCUCACUGUCGCCUGGACAACCGGGUAAGAGAGGCGAGGAGGGUACACGAGAGGGAGAAUGGACCGGGGAGCAUAAAAGGAGAGGAAAACAUCACAUUAUUAACUGAAGAGAUUAGGAGAUUUCUUCAGAGUGUGUGGGGGGACAAAGUGGAUUUUUGUGUGUCAUUCUGUUGUGAGGGUUCCCUCGGUGUCUCUCUCCCUCGGUCUCUCUCUCUCUCUCUCGAUGAGUUAUUAACUAUGACCAAAAAAGCAGUAAAUGAUUUUUUCCCCCACACCAGAGCAUGAAGGGGAUGAAAUUUCAGAGCACAAGUUCAGCACAUCACAAGUGGACCCAAUAGGCCUGAACGCUCCACCUGUAAUUCUUAUCUCAUCAGCCUCAGGUGUCAGCAUGGAUGUGGAGGAUGAGCCACCAGUUUUUCAGACCAGCUGGGGAGGGGAGGAAGAUGAGGGGGGGGAGGAAGAAGAAGAUGGAGAGCCACAAGCAGCAGGCCAGCACUGUUUCUCUGAGGAGGCUGUGGUGUGUGGGCUGUGGAGGGUAGUGGCGUGGGUGUACACACAGCCCUGUGCCAGUGGAGUGGUUUUAGGGGUAGUUGUCCUACUACCUUGCACCCUGUUUGCCUACAUGCUCCUCUACUGCCCUCCUCUGGACAUAGACCUCUCCUACAGUGCCUUUGAGGUUCACAGUCACUUCUCUGCUGAGCGUUUCGAUGCCCUCACCAUCGCUGUAAAGUCUCAGCUGGGGUCCUGGGACAGACGUAGGCGAGACUUAGAUAACACCGAGUCUGAGGCCCUGCGGGAGCUUCUGCUGGAGGAGCUGGGCAGACAGGGACUGUUCAACAGGACAGAUAACGAGAGAAUGAGGCCCUCUGCUCCUAAAAACGAGCCUUUACAUGCAGGAGAUGAUCAGAAGAGAGGAUUCACACCGGACAGAGAUAAAAGGACAGCCCCUGACUUGGGUCAGGAGGAAGCAGGGAAGCACAAGAACCCAGAUCACAAAGAGCAGGAGUACGAGGAGAGAUCACGGGAGGGAAAUUCCACUUUGCCUCUCAUUAGGAGGCGCAGGUUUGUUCCCAAUUACUACUUGCAGAGCCAGGCCCUGUGGAGGAUCGAGCUGGUGUUUGUGGCUCAAGGGGAGGGCGACCGCAACAUCUUUACCCCAGAACGUCUGCAGACGAUUCACCACGUGGAGCAUCUGCUCAUGCAGCACCCGCAGUUUCACCAGUUCUGCUGGAAACCUCUGGAGAUGUUGAGGGAUCUGCCACUGGGACCAUCCUACUGCUCCCCACCCAGCUCGCUCAUGUCUUACCUCUUCCCGAGUGAGAAAGGAGGGAAGAUAUAUUAUGAUGGCAUGGGCCCAGAUCUUGCUGAUAUUCAAGGUUCUCUGAGCCUGGCCAUCACACACCCACAGUUCUACUGGUACGUGGAUGAGAGUCUGUCCCCCGAGCACCUCUCCUCCUCUCUCUUACGCAGUGAGAUCCACUUUGGAGCUCCUCUUCCUUCCUUCUACUCCCUGCAGGACCGAGCUGACGAGCAAAGAUCUCGCUUCAAAAACUUUGUGGUUCAGUACGCAGACAUCCUGGCCAAGCAAUCUACCAGCCAAGUGAAGGUGCUGUAUGGGGGGACAGAGCUGUUUGAUAAUGAGGUGAGACACACCUUCCACAAUGAUAUGAUGCUGGCUGUCAUCAGUGGAGCCUGCAUUACUGUGCUCGUCUAUGUGCUUACCUCCUUUUCUGCAUUUCUGACUCUCUUCGGACUCGCUAGCAUCGGACUGAGCUGUUUGAUGGCUCUUUUCUUUUACCAUGUUGUCUUUGGCGUGAGGUACCUCGGCAUCCUCAAUGGAGUUGCAGCCUUUGUUAUUAUUGGCAUUGGGGUGGAUGAUGUAUUUGUGUUCAUCAGCACCUUCAGACAGGCUUCUCAUCUGCGUCAGCCGCAGCAGCGAAUGAUCUACACAAUGAAAACAGCUGGGCGAGCUACUUUUCUCACUUCCUUCACCACUGCAGCUGCCUAUGCUGCUAACACUUUCUCUCAGAUCCCGGCCGUGCAUGACUUUGGCCUAUUCAUGGCACUCAUUGUCAGCUGCUGCUGGCUUUGGGUGUCCGCCCUGAUGCCAGCCGCCCUGUGUGUCUGGACUGAGUGUGUGGAGCCUCAGGAACAUGCCUGGUUGAAUCGCUGGAGGCUGUUUUCCGGCCUGUCAGCGAGCCUCGGCCCUUUGUCAGAUGAGGACGAUGAUGUGGCACUUCUGUCAGUGGAGAUGGAGCCAGGAUCCUGUGACACAGACGGCGAUGCAGCCAUUCUUUCCCUGUCAGUGGAGACACCUCUGUCGCCUCCAGGGCAGCAGCACGUGGGUGUGGUGAGCACCAAUCUCCAGUGGGCCCUGAAGCACUUGGUGGCAGAGCCAGCUGUAGAGAGACGAAAAGCUGUUCUAGGUGUCUUCCUCCUGGUCCUGCUCUUAUCUGCCGGGUGCUGCUGUCUCCUGAGGCCGGCCACUCAUGCACCCCUUCUUUUCCGCCAGGACACAAACCUGCAGACUCUGUUGGCUCUCAGGAGCAACCUCAGCGGUCAGGGCAUCUCCUGCCCUAUGUGCUCAGGUGUGUUCAUGGAAAAGCCACACCCAUUGUACACCCACUCUUCCUCAUCAGCUUUUAAGUUUUCUGCACAUCAGCAGACCCCGAGCUCAGCAACUUCUAACUCUCCUCAGAGCUCAACAAAAUCAAAUUCAAGCACCGACCAAACAGGCUCAUUAUUUACAAUUUACAUAUCAAAGUUGGACCUUGGAGCCUCUACAGCCCUUUACCGCUUCUCCCUUAACACCAGCACUCCUUCCCCAUGGAAACUGUGCAGCACAGAGCAUCAAGAGGUGUCAUCAUUUCAGGCUUAUAAUCAGCCCCACAGCAAUUACAGCACCAGAAUGACAGUGUGCGUCUCCCAUGUGUACCGCCCGUACCCCAGCUGGAUGAUCACAUCCACCCCAUGUGACCCCCAACAUGGCUGGACUCCAGAGUUUUCCUUUUAUGCAGCAUCGUCUCCGCAGCAGCACAGCAGGAGAUUGUACUUUGCCCAGCGUCGCCUGAGACCUCAUCCCAGUCGAGUGUGUGUCGGCCCGCCUGGCUGUGGCAUCAGUUCUGGGCCUGAUGGACCCACACAGGGAACCUUUUAUACUCCUCUCUCUAUCGACCCUUCAUCUGCUGUCAAAACAAAACCAUCCAAAACGUUUGGCUACAACCCGUGCAGUGGCGGUGCGUGCGGACACCCGGCGGUGCGUCCUCUGGUUGACACCGGGGCGAUGGUUUUUGUCGUAUUUGGCAUCCUGGGAGUCAACCGAACUGAUCGCAGGGACAACCACGUCAUUGGAGAUAUGGGCAGCAUUAUAUUGGAUCCAGACUUCGAUAUAUUCCAGGAAAUGGGGCAUCUUUGCAAAAUCUGUAAAGCUAUUAGUGCCAACAGUCAACUUGUGAAGCCUGGAGGAGCACAGUGUUUGCCUUCAGGUAAUAAGCUGUCGUCUAUUCUGCCUCUUCUCCAUCCUGAGUGUCACUCUCUUCCUGAACCCAAUCUGCUCCCGGGUCAGCUCUCCCACGGCGCGGUGGGGGUGCACGGAGGCAAGGUGCGCUGGCUGUCCAUGGCCUUUGAGUCUACCACAUACAAGGGGAAAUCCUCCUUUCAGACCUAUUCCGACUUCCUUCAAUGGGAGAACUUCAUCCAGGAGCAGCUCGCCUCCCUCCCGCAGUCCUCGGCUCUGCAGAAGGGUUUCCAGACCUGCGAGCACUGGAAGCAGAUCUUCAUGGAAAUCAUAGGUGUGGAGAGUGCCCUCUGGAGUCUGCUGCUGUCCCUGGCCAUCUGUGUGGCAGCUGUGGCUGUUUUUACUGCACAUCCUCUGCUGCUGCUGCCAGUACUCAUAACCAUUCUGGGAGUGAUCUGUCUGGUGGUGGCGGUGAUGUAUUGGCUGGGAUGGGAGAUGGGAGCAGUGGAGGCGAUUUCUCUGUCUAUACUUGUGGGAUCUUCAGUGGAUUACUGUCUGCACCUGGUGGAGGGAUACCUGCUGGCUGGGGAGACCAUGCCCUCCACGCCUGGUCAUAACUCGGUGGAGCCGCCAGCUGAGAGGCAGAGGCGAACCCUGGAGGCAGUGAGCCAUGUGGGCGUUGCCAUAGUGUCCAGUGCCGUCACCACAGUGAUCUCCACAGUACCCCUCUUCUUCUGUGUCAUUGUGCCUUUCGCCAAGUUUGGCCAAAUAGUGGCCAUUAACACCGCCGUCUCCAUUUUGUUCACCCUGACUGUGACUGUGUCCAUGUUGGCAUGCAUGGCCCCUGCCCGCUUCAGCAGAUCCCCCAACGCCGUGCUGAAGGCCGGUCUGGCUGUGAUGGCGGCUGCAGCCUUGGGAGCGGCAGUGUGCUGGGUGGGAGGACAGCUGGGAGUGUUGGCUGGGCAAUCAAUCAGCACGUAAACACGACUGUCCUCCAACUCACGCUGAUGUCAGACAGAGGAGUUCCUCUGUAUGCAAAUUUGAGAACUGUAAGCACUGCAUUUCCCUCCAUGUUCAGGAGGAGUUUCAGAUCAGUGAAUGAUCUUGUAUUUUACAGCACAAAGAUGUCAAAAUCCACAAUUCAAAGCUGUUUGUCUUCACAGAAUCCAUUUUUGUUCCCAUUUGUAUUGAUCAGUGGAGUGUAGUAUUUGAAGUAUUACCCACUGGGUACCUCCACUAAAAUCUGGUGUAAAUGUCUGUGACUCACAGCGGUGGGAUGACCUUUCUGGAUUGACAAGAUGAUUCAGCUGAGGUUUUUUUUUUUUUUUGAUCCGAUAUUGCCGUCAGCCAAAGGUGGAGAUGAUCUGAGUAAAUGUUGGGAAACACUGGCUGAGUCGCCUCUUUCAUCAUUGGUGCAACUUACUGUAGUGUGAAGAGCCUCUGACUGUUCUGUGAACGCCGUCAGGGUGCUGCGCUCUGACGUCCGUGAAGAUCAGUGUUGGUUCACAUGACUCAUGGCCAUCUUGUGAAACUUUUGUGUUCUCACAGUUGUUCACUGAAUGUGUUCUCAGCCACACUUGUAACAAAAGGUUAUGAUGUCCUAACGUGGCUGGAUUAAAAGUUGUGAUAGUCAGGUUUAUGCUGUGCACAGUUUUGUUAAAUGUGAUGUAAAUGUUUCAGUAUGCUGCUGUCGUACAUCCUGAGCCAACCUCCCGAUGCUGCCUGCACAAACUUGUUCUGAAGAGUUGUGCAUGCCAAUACUUACCACAAGAUCCGAGGUGGAACAAGAAUCCAGAUCCUUUACAUAAUCCAGAUCCUUUACAUAAAGGCAUAACAUGUAGAAUAUUUUGGUUGCUGGUUGUAGAGACAGAAGUCAAAGUUCUCCACUCCUUCGCAGUUUAAAUGUCAAGAGAGAGGCAAAGGGAGCAGCAGUGGUCAAGUGAGCUAAGCGAGUGUACAGAGCAGUGAAUCAGAGAAACAAAAUGUUAUUUUUUUCAUUGUAUCACACAAAUUAACAUGCCCAGGCAUCUGCACAACCCCCUGGAUUUUUGAGUGAGUACAGCUGAAGUGCAGUUUCAUCCUGCCUCUCUGCUGCUGCCUGUCGCUCUGCAGCUCACACAGACAGACCUGCAGCCGUCUGACACGCCGAGAGAGACGGAGACAACUGUGACCUGGUGGCUGCACAAGGGCUGACCCCCCAAAAACGUCCCAACAGAGCAAACCACGAAGGAAAUACAGACAAGCAGGGUCUCUGCACAUGCAGACAACACCACACGCUCGUAAGGGAUGACUGCGGGAAAUAACUUUUGUAUUGUAUAGAGUAUGUAGAGUUUAUAGUUUGUUUGUUUUUUAAGAAAAAUGCUGCAUAUUAUGCCUUUAAGUAAGAGUACUAAUACCACACUGAGGAAAUACUCCAUUCAAAAUCUUACAUAAGUAAAAGUAUGUAAGUGUUAUCAGCAAAAUCAAAAGUAAAAAUGCUCAUUGUGCCGUAACAGGGUUACUUUCAGUGUUUUGCUAUUGUAUGUGAUGUUUUUGGAUUAAUAUUACUGCUGCAUUCAUGUGUACAUUUAGGAUUGAGCUCAUUUUAACUUCUUUAUAUACUGUUGCAUCAUAUUCUGUAUGAACAACAACAACAAAAGAGGUUCUGGAGGUUCGACGCUUUGCACAAGGGCACACCGGCAGUGUGAGGGAUGUGAACCGGCACCUCUCCAGCUACCGGUCCGCACUCCGAACCCACCGGUAUGUGCUGAACUUGAAUCCAAGAGGGUUUUUAAAUAGAAUGUUUAGUUUAAAAAAAAUCAAAUCCUUCAUUUGAUCGCAGGCAUUCAACAUCACCACAUUUGGAGAUACACCAGUCAGGAAGAAAGAGAAAAGCUGUAAUCUGUCAAGCAUCUAAGCUGCUGUGAGAUGGAGUGGAGUAAAAAAGUACAAUACUUGCCUCUGAGAUGUCAUGGAGUGAAUAAAAUUUAAAAUGCUCAACAUAUAAGUACCUCAAAUUUGUAUUUAAGUGUAGCAGGCCUCCUUGAGCAAAUAUAAAGAUAUCAUUUUUCUGAGCCUUUCACACGUUCAUAUCUUCAGUCUCAGAUUGCUUCAAGGUCUUUGAUCAGCACCUACUGAAUGAGUCCUCAGGUGUGCCCUGUGUACCAACCAACCAGCUCUGCACUCACGAAAGCACCACUCCUGUGCCCAUCGACGCCGGCUCCGCUCUGCCCUGCAGUGAAGGUGAGGGCCAUUUGUCAAACCACAUGACACACUCAGCUGUGACAAGAGCAGUAUAUUUCUGUUUUGUGUGUGUUGUUGUUUGUGAACGUCAAAUAAAACAGGUGCAGAAAGCCUCGGGUCUUUCCUUUUGUGAAAGCUCAGCGCUGCUUUCUUCUGCAUUGUUAUGUAACGGAGCAGAAUGAGGACCUGUCACACGCUUUACAGUCACAGAGAGCUACAGUAGAGAGCGGCACAUCUCCGGUUUGGCUCUUGUUAAUAAUUCAUAUGA